AUGGCGUUCCUUUUUACUGCGGUUUACUUUAUCUUACCAUAUCUUCCAAGCUUCGCUGUCGGCUCCCUAUUUAGCGUUGACGUUACCAAGAAGAUGCAAGAAUUGCCGAAAGGAGAUGUAUUACGCCCUCAAGCAUUGAUUAGUUAUCGAGCCCUCUUGGAAAAAACAGCAAGUCCGGGACCCCGGAUUUUAAACAUACAAUGUCCAAGCUCUCUAGUUCAGGGAAGUAACUUGACUCUUUAUUGUAAUGCUACUGGUAAUCCUUCUCCGAAUAUUACUUGGAUAUGGGAAGAAACAGGAGAAGUUCUUAGUAGCAGUGAGGAGCUCACUUUUUCAGCUUUUAACCGUAGCCAAACAGGCAAUUAUAAAUGCCUGGCGUGGAAUGGAAUUGGUAAAAGUUCAACCAGAACAUGUCGCCUGGACGUACCUGACGAACCUCUGGUUCUAAACUUAGAGUGUCCAGCAUCAAUCAUUGAGGGACAUAACGCGACUCUUCACUGCAAUGCAACUGGAAAUCCUCCCCCAAAUAUUAACUGGAUACGGAAAGACACAGGAGAUGUUCUUGGCACCAAUGAACAACAGCUUACUCUGUUGGAUGUUCAUCGCAGCCAAGCGGGGACAUAUCAGUGCUUUGCAUGGACUGGAAUUAGCAAUAGUUCGAUCAGUACAUGUCAACUGGAUGUGUUUUACUUGCCGUCUGGGACAAGAAUGACACCUGACCUAAAGGAUACUGUCGUGUUAGCUGGAGGCAGUUUGUUCCUAAACUGCACCUCAGAUGCAAACCCUACAGUUAGUGUGUUUCAGUUGGUAUUCGAUAGUGCCUUAAUCGCCACCAGCAGCUCUGGGAUGUUUAGCGUUACUGUGAAGAAAACUGGAAUGUACACCUGUAUCCCUGUUAAUGAAGUCGGCUCAGGAGACAGUGCUACAGUCAAAGUCACCGUCCUCGAUGCUCCUGGUUUUCCGAUAUUUGUAAACAACACCGUUGAUACAAUCACUAUCAGGUGGUCACCAAUUUAUCUUCAAUCUGCUACAUAUACCGUAAAUAUAAGACCUGGGGAAGAAACAACGUGGAUGAACGCAACGUGUAAACAGACUAUUUGGAAUAAUAAAUGCACGGUGACAGGCACAGUUGCGGAGGUUUUUGGUCUCGAAGAGGACUCUGCGUAUCAUUUUAGAGUUUAUGCUAACUACAGAGGAGUCAGAAGUGACGCCAGUUUACCGUCAGGAGCCUUCAGAACAGCAGGUGAUGUUGAAUUAUGUGAUUUUAUGAGUUGUUGCCAUGUAAUGGAAGUUUUUCCUUCAUGUAAUGUAUUCAGAGAUAUUUAAUUGAUUAUAAGUAUUAUUGAAACGAAGCAUUCAGAUAUUGAAUGUUUUGUUUUUUAAUUUGUAUUUCCAUAAACUUGCAAUUUGCAUUGGUAUUUGCUAAUCAAAUGAAUAGUCAAAUAGCAAUGCUAACGAGGCCUGACAACUGUACAAGUGUAAAAUAUACUCUAUAAAGAAACCCAAGAAGUGGUUUUUCUUUAUCAUCUGUCACUCAAAAUACGUUGUAUAUCUUUACUGCGUAUGGCAACAGUAACACAACAAAGAUAUAUUACGACUCUAGUUACCUUGUUUAUUUAAGGUAUUAGUUUUACCUUAUCUAGACAUCACUUAUUUUACCCUGACUGGCACUUAAAAUAGCAAGUGCUGGUCAUGGUUCAACCUGCUUCAUAACAAUUUUUCCCUGGGGCGCGCUUAACUGUCGAAAAUAGGGAAGCCGUUCAUUGCUAUAGACGGGCGUGUAGUUUUCUCUUUCAGGUUUACUCUUCUUUUUUCAGUACUGGCUUAACUGAUGUUGCAGCAGAUGCCUCUCACGUUUGCACCGGUUUACGGUCUUAGAGCACUUGAGGCCUUGAAAUGUCUACCAACGACUAUCCACUGGUCACAAUAGCUUCGCCAUCUUGUUUGACGCAGAAUCCAGGCACUCGUAUGGAAAUCUACGUUCUUUGGCAGCGG